UGCAAUUAGGAAGUUGUGGUGUUUGUGUUGAUAUUCUAUUUUGUAAAUGAUUAAUUUCUAAAAGUAUAAAUUUCUUCCUCGACUGACGAGCAACAAAAACUUUUUAUAUUUUAUAUUGCAACUGUUACAUAUUUGUCAACAUUUUGUGGUUAAGUGCAUACCUGGGUACCCAUUAUGAAAAAAACUGCUAAUUUUAAAGUAGGCGACAAAGUAUUUGCCAAAGUUAAAGGAUAUCCUCCAUGGCCAGCACAUGUUAUUGCUGAAAAUGGAAAGAAAUACAAUGUUGAGUUCUAUGGAACUGGAGAAACUGGAGUGAUUAAAGUGGAGGAUCUUUUUUAUUAUUUAAGAAAUAAAGACAAAUUCCAAAAACCUUUAAAACGUAAAGAUUAUGUUGACGCCUUUGAGCAAAUAGAAGAAGCCAUAAAAGAGGAUGGUGGCGAUGGAGAUACUUCAGUUGACGGCGACAAUUCGACAAAUAGUGUGAAUAAUGUAUCCUCCAAUAGUUCAGUUAAUUCGCUAAAUUCAUCCCAAAAAGGGACUAAAAAGUCGGUUAAGAGGAAACGGUCAGUUUCCGAUAAAUCUGUCGCCGAUGCUGGAUCUCCAAAAAAGAAAUCUCAGAAACCUGAAGAGGUUUUAGAUAAAUCGGAGAGCGAGUCGAUAGAACAGUCAAAAUCGGAACAACCAAAAACGUCUAUUUCCAAAUCCUCGCCCAAAGUAGUUCAUGAACCCGUUUCUAAAGAGAUUGAAUUCGUUCCGAUUAACGACAGUUUGGAAAAUGUCUCGGAAGAGACUGAAACUAAUGAGAAACAAAACGACAAUGAGAAAUCUGAAAUGUUAGAUUUCAAAAUUGAAAUAGUGUCGGAAAAGUCUUUAAAAAAUAAUAUAGCAUAUGCUAAUUACGUUAAAGAAAAGGAAUCAAUUUAUAAAGGUAAACCCGUAGAACCCAGAGAAGACUACAUAAGUCAGGUCCUGCCGGUGAAAUUGCCUUCCGGAAUAAUGGGCGGUCUGAAACUGCACACAGAGUGGCCCCUGAAGUUCGAAUUCGAGUACGACCGCGCUCUCUACGACGAAUCCGUGGCGUCGCGCAUCCUGGAAGAGAAACAAAAAAUCGAGGCAGGAAACACGAGCGUUACAACCAACCACCAGCUGUUCAUUCCAAAUAUCGAGAUGUCCGCCGACGACGUCACCGAGAUCCUAUACCAGAAGGACAUCGAGGCGAAAAAAUCGAGGAUCGACAGGUUGAAAAUCGAAUCGGAGCUCAUGUGUUUCGAUUCGAAGAUUAAGAACUGCCUGGGUCUUGAUAAGGCCGAUCCGCAACAGGCAAUUUGCUACUUGGAGUCCAUAUACAACACCAGCUUCGACGAUCUCAUGUUGAUAAAGCACCCGCACGUGGUGGAAAUGGUGAGGAGGCUGCGUAAAUACGUCGGGAACACGAAGGAGUGGAACCUCUCGGAGAAAUCGUUGAGCGAGUUUUCCGCGCAUGCCGAGAAGGUCAGGGCGAAAGCGGAACAGGUCUACUCCAAGUUCAAGACGGUUGUUAAAGUACCUGAAAGUUCCACAAGCUUCUGGGAAGGCUUCACGGACCUAGUAAGUCAAUUUAGGACGGACUGCAAAGAUCUAACCGAGGGUCAGAUAUACUUGCUAUGCUCCGAACCGACGUCUCGUAAAACAUUCUUGAAUAACCUCGAAGAGAUCGAAUCGGAGAAGGAGAAUUCAAGCGGAGUUGCCAAUUCCGAACACGAGGCGGUAAAAGGGGGAGGCGAAACGCCCGCAGCGGAAAGUUAGGGACAGUUUGUGGAUAUGUGACCUUAUGUAAAUACGUUUUUCUUUUUUUAUCUUAUUAAUUUUAAGAAAGCGCAAUUUCAAUUCCUCAAAUCGGAAAUUGUAAUUUAUUUUUUAAAUGCCAGCCAGCAUGAAGACAUGAAAUCACUUAUAUCUAUUUUUUAGAUGAACCGUAUUCGUAUGUUCAAUUAAAUUUCAAUAAAGUAAUAAUAACCGAG